AAGACCUGAUUCACUGGGUGUUGGAUUGAGCAAUUCGCCUGCUGGCCUUGCAGCUUACAUUAUUGAGAAAUUCUCUGUGGCAAGUGGCUGCAAGCUGAACGAGUCGUCUGCCUGCCUGGAUUCAUGUUUCACUAAAGAUGAACUUAUUACAAAUCUCAUGAUAUACUGGGUGACAAACUCUAUGACAACAGCCAUGAGGUAUUACAAAGAGAACUUUCCUGAUGAGGACUUGUGGAAUCUUAUCAGCAUACCCAUAGAUACACCCUCAGGACUGGCUGAAUUUCCUCAUGAAGUGGGCACUUCUCCCAAGCCAUGGGUCUUAGCUCGYUUUCCUAACAAUUUACAAUACACGUUGAUGCCAAAAGGAGGUCACUUUGCUGCAUUUGAGCAACCAGAGCUGUUUGCAAAGGACAUUGUUCAAUUUGUAGAGAAAGUUGAAGCAAUGACAGAGAAGGUAGAUUAGAUAGGGGGUAUUUUGAUGGGUUUUUAUGUAGAUUUUGAUACUAUCAUGACUUACAUGCAUUACAUGGUUGUUUGAUGUGGUACAUGUAUAGUAAAUACUGGUCAACAAUAUUUCUACUUGGCAGCAGAUUCUUUGAGAUGUUAAGAUGAUCUUUAUGUUACUCAAAUUACGUCUAUAUACAUAACAACAUCAUUGUAACAUGGGCCAUGCGUUACCUUGUAAGUUUUCUACAUCACCAAACGUCUAUGAAGAUUGUCUAUAGAAAGAAAUCUUUUCCUUUUUUUUUCUAAAAUCUCUGGAUUACGGCAUAUUCAAGUAUUUCUUAAAACKGUGGUCAUUCAAAAAAGGUCAGGUUAGGCCAGUCUUUUAUUUUUUGAAAAAUAAGAAUAUUUUACUUCCAGUUUUCAAUUAAGGCCGGCUCGCCCUGAGAUGUAAGAUUAUGCGCAAAAAGACAAUAGACUAACAUUUGGAUAUUAACAAGGAGGAAAGAAACUAAAGGUGUUUUUUUUCUUUGUUUAUUUGUCUUUAAUCAGGCUAUGCCUAAUGGAGUGGUUUUCAUAAACCCGUGAAACAAAGUGUAAUAAUAAGAGUGUAAUAGAUCGUAAUAGCCUCGCGUAGAGACAAUAAAAAACAAAAGAGCCAAAGUGUAAUAGCGAUAAAUAAGCUAACGUGUGUUUCAUGGGUUAAUGAAAAGCACUCAAAUAUACUUAUGUUGAGUGUCUCAUGUUGUAUACUUGUCUCAUUCUUUUGUCUUUUCUUUUAUUCUUGACUUAUAAAGUUUGCGUCUUAUGUCGUAGUGUUAACCGAGCCUUACUUGAUUGCACAAGACAUACUUCGACUCUAAAAUAUGCUAUCGUUUCAUUAAAUUACAUUAUACAAACACACAAAACAUUCUUAAAUGAUUAGCAGUUAAUUACAACUAAUUGCAGGAUAAAAAUCAUUUACGACAGAAUGUCAUGUUCAACUUGUCGUUUCGACUUUGUAAUUACCAAAAAAUCUUCAUUCCUACUUUGAUAUUUCAUUUUUCUGUUUUUCAAUAUUUUAAAGUCAGUCCAUUUGAAACAUGGAGAUCAGCAAGUGCUGAAGUGUAUGAAAUACCUGUUUGACUGGUUUAACAGGUUAAGUGGACACCUGUUGCAGAAAGCAAAAACACAUGAAAAUUGCCUAAAAAAAUUCACUGCACAUUUGCACGACAUAUGCUGACAUCUUUUGUUAAUUGACACAAUUUUUAAGGGUUUUUUUUAUCAGGGUUUUCGAUAGACAAAGAGUCAACAKUAUUAGUAAUUAUGAAAACGUUUAUUGGAUGAGUGGUUAAAGCACGGUCAAGAAAACAACUGCUAUACUUUCAAAUUCCUAAUUCAAAGAUUCACAAAUUCAAAAUGGAGAAAAAAGACGGACAGCCAAGAACUGUGAUUAUAUUUUUCUUCBUUGGUCUUCUGGCAAUGAUAUACGAUGAAGUAGCACUCAUUUCAGCUCAAGAUGUUCUCGCCGGUUCACACAUCGCCACAACGACUGUAGUCCUYUCUAUCGCUACCUCUGUKCUUGCUAUGAAACUCACUGUCCCAUGGGUCAUGCAAAGUGUACCAUAUCUUUGUAAAAUCAUAAUUAUUAUAAUGUUUUUACUCUUUGGGUUGAUUGUAUUAGUGUCGUCAAGYGAGAUUUUAUACAGGUUAUAUGGGGUCAGUAUCAUGGAGGCUGGUGUCUCUACAGGCGAAAUUACAUUCAUGUCAAUGACAGCGUUUUAUGACCCCGUAACCGCUAGCGCUUUUGUGGCAGGGAUAGGUAUGGCAUCGCUUGUUGGGCCUUUUUACUAUACAGCACUUACAACAUGGCUGAACUGGUCGCCAAGGACGACAAUGACAUUAACUGGUCCAUGGCCCUUAUUCUAUCUUCUCUUGUACGCCCUACUUAAUAAAGAGCCUCUUAAACAGACAGAUAGAAAAGAGGUUGAACUAAUAACGUCAGGAGAAACUGACUGUGACAAAGAGGCGACAAACGAGAAYAAUAAAAGCAGUUUUCAAGAUGGUAUUCACCGGUUUACACUAAAAUGUAAAACAGCAUUGAAAAUUUCUCCYUUUAUCYUSUGUCUCUUUGUGACAUAUUUCUCAGAAUACCUGGCCAAUCACGCAGUCAUUACAACACUGGCGUUUCCUAGCGACAGCAUAACACCACGUGAUCACUACCCAUACUACAUGCUGACUUAUCAUAUUGGUAAGUUCCUGGGACGCUCAUACAUCUUUCUGAUCACAUGCUUCUGCCCAGGCCUUCUCAAGUAUGUAUUCMUCAAAAGAACCUGGAUUCUAGCGUUGAUCUCAUUCGYUCAUCUAUUGGUGUUUUUAUCGUUGUCAUGGUAUCGGUGGGUCAAUCAUAUAUGGUUUGUUAUWKUGCUSUGUAUUACCGAGGGUUUCACAGCGGGUUCGAUGUACGURAACUCCGUCCAUGCAGUCACUGAAGCGAUUGACGAUAUAUCACAAAAAGAGUUUGCGCUUGGUUUGUUGACKGUGGGAGACGCCACUGGCAARCUCCUCGCAGGGGUUGCUGGUCUAUGGCACGAGCCUUUGCUAAAAAGACACUGUUUGGAGGAUCUAAAGUUGGGUAUCUACUGUUUUACCCGKCAUGCAACCAAGAAGGGCUGGACCUCGGGAGAUACGUGAAAACUCAAAUCAUUCUGAUWGUCUCACUGCAMUGCGUCCCUGAGUUUCUUCGUUUUCCGAWRUUUAUAAACGAAACUGAUAAACCACCGCGAAAAUAAAUCUCUGUUGUUCACUGCAUGUACUCCAUCACUCCACUCUACAAGGAAUGAGGAAGCGGAUUUCUUGUGCAGUGAUGUAGAAUACUUUGGCAAAACMUAAAAUUCUUGAAUUAAGAAAAAAUACGAGAAAAUUAUUAAAGGAUAGUUWAAUAGUUUUUACAGUCAAUUGUCUUUGUUCGCUUGAUGUUUGUUUUUUUUAGCUUGGUUUUCAAAACCCAUGCGCUGUUGUGGUGCAUCUGUAGUUUCCGAAUACCGAAACUUGCCGAACUUACCGAAACUACGAAAACGUGCCGAAUAUUCUACGAAAACGUACCGAGUAUCCUACGAAAACRCAUUUAUACAGACAGACAAAGGUCAUUCAUU